UGCCGCGCGUGCGCAGUGCGGCGCGGCGGGCGGGGUAAGAUGGCGGAACUGGGGAAGAAGUACUGCGUGUACUGUCUAGCUGAGGUGAGCUCGCUCCGUUUCCGUUGCACCGAGUGUGCCGACAUCGAGCUCUGCCCAGACUGCUUUUCGGCAGGCGCCGAGAUCGGGCCGCACCGCCGAUGGCACGGCUACCAGCUGGUGGACGGCGGCCGCUUCACCCUCUGGGGGGCCGAGGCCGAGGGCGGCUGGAGCAGCCGGGAGGAGCAGCUGCUGCUGGACGCGAUCGAGCAGUUCGGCUUCGGCAACUGGGAGGAUAUGGCUGCUCAUGUUGGAGCAUCCCGAACUCCCCAGGAAGUGAUGGAACACUAUGUAAGCAUGUAUAUCCAUGGCAACCUUGGAAAAGCCUGCAUCCCUGACACUAUCCCUAACAGAGUGACAGAUCACACUUGUCCCAGUGGUGGCCCACUUUCUCCUAGCCUGACCACACCUCUCCCUCCUUUGGACAUAUCAGUGGCAGAACAGCAGCAGUUGGGGUAUAUGCCACUUCGAGAUGACUAUGAGAUUGAGUAUGACCAAGAUGCUGAGACUCUCAUCAGUGGCCUUUCAGUGAACUAUGAUGAUGAUGAUGUGGAAAUAGAAUUAAAAAGAGCUCAUGUUGAUAUGUAUGUAAGAAAACUUAAGGAGAGGCAACGGCGGAAAAACAUUGCACGAGAUUAUAAUCUGGUACCUGCCUUUCUUGGGAAGGAUAAAAAGGACAAGGAAAAAGCUCCAAAACGGAAGAUCACAAAAGAAGAAAAGGAGUUGAGGCUAAAACUGAGGCCUCUCUAUCAAUUCAUGUCUUGUAAGGAGUUUGAAGACUUCUUUGAGAACAUGCACAAGGAGAGGAUACUUCGAGCAAAGAUUCGAGAACUGCAGCGGUACCGUCGAAAUGGAAUCACCAAAAUGGAAGAGUCGGCAGAAUAUGAGGCAGCUAGACAUAAACGGGAGAAAAGGAAGGAGAAUAAAAAUAUAGCCAGUUCCAAGAGAGGAAAGGAAGAUGGUAAGGAUGGGGAAUUUGCUGCAAUUGAGAAUCUGCCUGGCUUUGAACUCUUAUCAGACAGAGAAAAGGUGCUCUGUAGCUCUCUAAAUCUGAGUCCGGCACGUUAUGUGACUGUGAAAACUAUAAUUAUUAAAGACCAUCUCCAAAAAAGACAAGGUAUUCCCUCAAAAAGUCGCCUUCCCAGUUAUUUGGACAAGGUACUAAAGAAAAGGAUUUUAAACUUCCUAACAGAAAGUGGUUGGAUAUCUAGGGAUGCUUCAUGAAACUGAUCUGAUUUGAAAGCUGAGUCAAUGUGAAUAAAUGGCUCAUCAUGGGCCAAAUGACUCUGUUACUUUCGCUCCCUCCCCAAAGAUAGGAUUUUUCCUGUAAAAUAUGAGUAUUUACAAUCCUCUGUCCAAAAGGACGCUCUUACAUUGGAUCAUGGAAAAUACCAAACUGUAACUUCUUGUGUGAUCUUAAAGUUAAGUACUUUAAGAUAAAGGAUUUGCCGCUAAAUAUUCAUUGCAGAUGAGGUGGAUCAGAUUUCAUCUUUUUUGGAACAUUAUUGGAAUGGAUAUGUUCUUACUUUGAUUUAUUCAAAUCCAGUAGCCCAAGGCUAGUUGUUAUACUCUCUGCUGUUCGACAAAAGGGUUAUUAGUGCAACACUUGCUUGUUUUGGGGUGGGAGAUGGAAGCAUUCAUUUGGUGGAGCCUGCCUUGUAUCACUCUCUUCAUGGUGCUGGUAGCCAAAUGAAACUUACAAAAAUCCUGAGCUUUGAAGUACAAAACACUUGAAGUGAGCAUUUUUGUGAAUAGAGCUUAGCUUCCAGCACUCUUCACUCAGUAACAAGGACCUGUAUUAUGGUAGAGUGAUGUGAGCACAUACAGAAAAUGCAAGAGGAGGUGAGUUAAUAGAAUGGGACAAGGACAUGGAAUAUGGUGGAUAAGUUGCUUCCAGUCACUUCCCUCAUGGAGCAGAUUCUUAGACUUAUUUUCACACUGAAUUGCUUCUUAGGCAGAUUACUCCAGGAUCUGUGCUGGCAUAGACCCUUUAGGAAACUCCUGUGGUAGACAGAUAAUUCAGUAGCAACAAAGUUCCCUGCCCCUAUUCUGGGCACAGGGGACUUAACUGGUCCAGGGAAGUGUAAUGUUCUUCUGAAUCUGGUCAGUUGUCUGUACAUUUUCAUGUAAUACUGAUGUACAAACCCCUGACGUUGUAAAAACAUGGGAGCUACUUCAGACUUGCAGCUAAAGUUCCUUGCUCAUUAAAAAUAUGAAACUAAAUCAAACCAUUACAUGUUGCC